UGCACUAUAGUGCUUUUCAUUGUGCCUGUGUCAGAAAACUGCCUCUAGGCACAUUAUUGAGAGCAGAGAAACCAGGUGUCUUCACUGGUACAAGGUUAUUGUACUUUCUACAACUCUAAAGAGGACAUGGUUAGAGCUUUUUUGGUGUCCGUUCAUCUUUCCGCAGCAUGCAACAAGUAAUGGAAUGUUUGCCCUCCCAGCUAAUGUCAACGAGAUAAAUAGUGCUGUGUGUGGAAAUCUCAGUCGAGAGGUGAAAAGUCCUUCCUGUGGAAGAUGCAUUAAUGAUACUGGGCCUUCUGUGUAUUCAGUUGGAGUUGAAUGUGUUUCA